UUCUGAAGAGCUCCGGGAGACCUAGACUGCCGCAGCCCGGACGGACUUGCUUUCCUGGCACUGGGGGAGGGCGCAGCCGGGAAGUCCUGAGAACUGGACCAGAGUCCUCGCUGGGGCCCGGGGCGUGGUCCCCUGGGCGGGGCCGGAGCAAGGACCGCUGACGCCAACGUCGGGUGAGACUCGGGGCGUCCAGGCUGGGCGACCUGGUCUGAGCGGCGGGCGCGCCAGUUCCCCGCACCCAUGGCGGCGGCCAGAGAGCAGGAGUUGCCGCAGGAAGCCGCCGCUACGGAGCCCAUGCCCCCGCUGGCCUGCCGCUUCUUCCUGGAAGGCCGCUGCCGCUUCGGCGCCCGCUGCCGCCAGCCCCACCCCGGGGCGCCGGCGCCGCCUGGCGGCGAGGCGCAGCCCGAGGCCGGAGCCAAGAAGCCGCCGCUGCGCACAGCCGCGGACGUCAUCCAGCGCAUCCGCUGGGACCCGCGCCUCGACCCUGCCGACUUCUCGGUGGGCUACGCCGACCGCUUCCUGGGCGUGCGCGAGGAGCCCUUCAACGCCUUCUGCUGGGACGAGCCGCUGGCGGCGCUCGGGCCGGGCGUGCUGGCCGUGCCCCAGCACCGCGUUCGCUACUUCCGCUUCCGCGGCCGCCUAGUGUGGGACCGCGCCUCGCGCACCGACCUCGUCUUCGGCUCUGGCUCGGCGGCGGGGCGCGGGCCCACCAUCUUGGACGCGCUGUACAGUGAGGUCGUACACGGGGCGGAGGACGCCGAGUGCUCACUGGCGGCGACAGGGCAGGAGGCCCAGGCUGCCCCCGGGCGAGGGAGCGCAAGGCCGCUGUGCACAGAGAACCAGGAGCCAGGCGGGGAGGAGCCCAGAGCGCUGGAGGUGGCCCAGGAGAGGGCGCUGGGCACAGCUGCUUUGGGAACACCGGCCCCAAGAGGAUGCCUCGCAAGAGGGACUGAGGGGGCACUGAAGCCAACAGCGGCCGCCAGGACCUCAGAGCUGCGGAGCAAGGAAGCACGAGCCCCGGCAGCCCCGGGGGGCUCCACUAAGAAGACAGAAGCCGAAUGGGGUCCUGUAGCCUGGCCUGAGAACAAAGGGUCCGAUCUGGCCAGUGCUGCAGCACCUCGCCAGCCACGCCCCACACAUUUUGUGGCCCUCAUGGUGACUGAGCCUGGGCUACAAGCAGAAGUGACCAAGGCCCAGGAAUACUUGGUCCACGUGGCCCCGCACUGCGCUGAGUUCCUAGUGCCCACCCAGAACCUGCACCUAACGCUGGCCCUGCUCCGACUAGCAGGCACUGGAGAGGAGGCAGCUGCCAUUCGGGCUCUGAGACGGGCCCUCUUGGCCCCGGGGCUAAACGCACCUCCUCGGCUGAACUUUAGGGAGCUGGUCCUCCUGGGCCCACAUGUGCUCUGCGCUCCACCCUCUCCCACAUUGGAAGGCAUGGCACAAGUGCUGAGCCAGAGGCUGGAAGCCGAGGGGCUAAGAAUGCUACAGUCUCCGGGACAGCUGCACCCGCACCUCACCCUGGCCAAGGUGCCGCACGGUUCCCAAGUCCACCUCCCCAAGCUGGAGUUCAGCCUCAGCCAGGAGGUGGGAUGCCAGCCCCUGCAGACACUCUGGCUGUGCCGUAUGGGGAGGACAGGGCGGCCCUUCCAACCCCUGGCUGAGAUCCCGCUGGAGUGACGCCCCCAGACCUCUAGAGACAGAAGGGAUGCCAACAGCCCACGCGAGGAAGUCACUGCAGGGACACGGCUCUCUCUCUCUUUCUCUCUUUAAUUUUGGUUUCUCUUAAGCUUCCAAAUGAUGCUCAGUGCUCCGAGGAAAGGAAGGAAGGAAGGAAGGGAGGGGAGAGGAGGGAAGGGGAGGUAGAGGAGGAACAUCUGGAAAAAAAGCAGCCUGACAGUCCAGCUGUUCGCAAACUCAUAGCACAUCCUCCAGUUACAUGGCAGAAGAGGGAGGGAGGGAGGGCCAAAAA